UCCCAAAUCCCCCAGCAAAUCGACACCUCUCCAAGCCCACCGCCGCCUCCCGCUCGCCGUCCUCCGCGCCAAGCCCCAAAGCUCCCCCGAUGGCCCGCACGAAGCAGACGGCGCGCAAGUCCACGGGCGGCAAGGCGCCCCGCAAGCAGCUGGCGACCAAGGCUGCGCGCAAGUCGGCGCCGGCGACGGGAGGCGUGAAGAAGCCGCACCGCUUCCGCCCGGGCACCGUGGCGCUCCGUGAGAUCCGCAAGUACCAGAAGAGCACGGAGCUGCUCAUCCGCAAGCUCCCGUUCCAGCGCCUCGUCCGCGAGAUCGCGCAGGACUUCAAGACCGACCUCCGCUUCCAGUCCUCCGCCGUCGCCGCGCUGCAGGAGGCCGCCGAGGCGUACCUCGUCGGGCUCUUCGAGGACACCAACCUCUGCGCCAUCCACGCCAAGCGCGUCACCAUCAUGCCCAAGGACAUCCAGCUCGCGCGCCGCAUCAGGGGCGAGAGGGCCUGAGCGAGGCGACCUCCUCCUCCCACUGAAGCCGUCGUCGUCGUCGUCGUCGUCGUCGUUUGUUGCUUCUUGCCUGCUCGUAGGAUUUGUGCUUUGCCUUGUUUCCUUCUGGUGGCACUGGCAUGCUGGUAACAUUAUGCUUGUUCGUAGUCCUAGAGGGUUGUUCAGUUGCUGGGUAACCUGCUUGUUUAUCUUGCACUGAUGCUGAUGUAAUGGUGGUCUGUUUAUCUAAAUGGAAUGCAAUUUGCUAUCGAAAUAUCUCAAUCCC